UCGGACUCCUCACUGGGCCAGUCCGGCGCUGGGUGCCGGAGCCCCGCGCAACUCCCGCGGCUCCCUCACCGGGGAUCCCUUCUCCCCAGAGUUUGCGAGCAACUUUCCCCUCCGUCCGCGGCGCUGCGGUGGCUCGGAGACCGUGGCCGCCGCAGGUUGCUCCGCUCCCCGAACCUCGGCUCGGCGCUCGCGUAGGUCGCUUCCUCUCCGGCUGCACCCUGGGGGUCCCCGACCUCGAGGCUGAGGGCGAGAUGCCUCUGGGACACAUCAUGAGGCUGGAUCUGGAGAAAAUCGCCCUGGAGUACAUCGUGCCUUGUCUGCACGAGAUCGGCUUCUGCUACCUGGACAACUUCCUGGGCGAGGUGGUGGGCGACUGCGUCCUGGAGCGCGUGAAACAGCUGCAUUACAACGGGGUCCUGCGCGACGGCCAGCUGGCCGGGCCGCGUGCUGGCGUCUCCAAGCGGCACCUGCGAGGCGACCAGAUCACGUGGAUCGGGGGCAACGAGGAGGGCUGCGAGGCCAUCAGCUUCCUCUUGUCUCUCAUCGACCGGCUGGUCCUGUACUGCGGGAGCCGGCUGGGCAAAUACUACGUCAAGGAGAGGUCCAAGGCAAUGGUGGCCUGCUACCCAGGAAAUGGAGCAGGUUAUGUUCGCCAUGUGGACAACCCCAAUGGUGACGGCCGCUGCAUCACCUGCAUCUACUAUCUGAACAAGAACUGGGAUGCCAAGUUGCAUGGUGGAGUCCUGCGGAUAUUUCCAGAAGGGAAGUCAUUCAUUGCAGAUGUGGAGCCCAUUUUUGACAGACUGUUGUUCUUCUGGUCAGAUCGCAGGAACCCACAUGAAGUGCAGCCUUCCUAUGCAACCAGGUAUGCCAUGACUGUUUGGUACUUUGAUGCUGAAGAAAGGGCGGAAGCCAAGAAGAAAUUUAGGAAUUUAACUAGGAAAACUGAAUCUGCCCUCACUGAAGACUGAAUGUGCUCUGAAAUCCGCUGGCCUCCUUCAUUUUGGUAUCAGCUGAAUUCUCCGUAAGAGUUGAGAUCCAAAGAUGGCCUCUUCAGUGACCAUAGGUUAUUCCCUACUGCUCGCAUCAUUUGCAUCCCUGUCUUGUGUGUGGUACUUCUUGUUUUCUUGCCAGGACCGCAUUGACCUCCAGACACUCUCUUUGCCAGACAUGAACUCACUUGAUAACUCCAGAAAUGCCUGCAGACAUCCUCGCUGGUCAGCGGUUUAAGGAUAGAUUUGGUGAUGUUGGCUAUCAAAGCAAGAGCCUGGGAGCGCAGAAGUGAAUCUUACUUGCACUUUAUGUAUUCUUCCUGAUUUGAAAGGAGGAGGUUUGCAAAGAAAAGCAAAAAUUGGUGACAGAGGCAUCAUCGAAGCCUGAACAGUAGAAAACUGAAAUUUUUGUCAUCUGAACAAUUUCCAGAUGUUGUUAAUCCUGGGCUGUUGGGGUUUCUGGAGAAUUACCACAACCUAAUGACAUGAUUACCUCCAGCAAGGGCUGCUGUCAGAGUGAUCAAGUUGUAAGUGUCCCAUGGGGUGGACACUCCUUUUUCCCUUCCCACCACCACUUGGACUUUCAGCCUCAGCCCUGUUUUGCUGAAAAUGAUUUUCUAAUUGAGGAUGACACCACCACUUAUUCUUUAUGUUCACUUUUUCCUGGGAGACUCUAAUUACUCCGAGGCUAAAACUAGAUAUUAGUUGUUUUGGUUGCUUUGUUGGAAUUCGAAUUUAAAUCAAAGGACAGGAAACUACCUGAUAGUUUAGCAUCAGGCGCCAGUGACAGUGUGGAAAAAUCCAGGUGUGCUGAUAUGCAAUAAAAGAGCGUACCAUGAAAGAUUGAGAGGGAAGAUGGAAGUUGUAAAUGCGGGUUUUCCCAUUUUUUUCAGUAUUCCUUUUUAACGAGCUCACCUUUCCUUAACAUCAACAACAACAAAAUAGGGUGCUAUGUUUUAAAAAGGAAAUGGAAAUAAAAAAAAUUAUCAAAGUUG